AUGGCUCCUCUCGUAAUAAGUAUUGUGGCCGCAGGAGCGAUGGGCUCAGCUGUCGCCCAUCGGUUACAUGACUCUGGUUGCACUGUGCUCACAGACCUGACUGGUCGGUCCGAGGAUACACGACGCCGAGCCAAAGAAGCUGGGAUGGAGGAUGCGACAUUAGAAGACAUAGCAUCACGCGCCAAGUGGGUUUUGAGUAUACUCCCCCCUCGCGACGCACGAUCGUUCGCGGAGAAAUUCCUCGCUGCCUAUACGAAGAUACAGAAGACAGGGGCUGCCAACUCUGAUAAGAUCGUAUUCGUCGAUUGCAACGCCGUCAAUCCCGUUUCGGUGAAGGGUAUCGCUUCGAUCUUUGCGCAGACCCCGCAGAUCAGGUUCAUUGACGCUGCGAUCAUUGGUGGUCCUCCGAAUCCUGACGGAUACAAUCCUACUUUCUACGCUUCUGCACAGGCAGAGGACGGGAAAUUGCUCGAUGAAUUCGCUUCCUUGGGUCGAUAUGGCUUGAAAGUAUCUCUAUUGCAGGGCCAGGGUACGGGAAUUGGGGAUGCCAGCGCUCUCAAGAUGUCAUACGCAGGUAUCUCGAAAGGAUUCACUGGGUUAUUAACUACUAUGAUCCUGGCUGCUCACAGCUCAUCUCCGGCCACCGCCAAAGCCCUAAUUCGCGAGUUGAACGCCUCGCAACCUAUCGUUUUGAAAGGAAUACCCACAAGGAUUCCCUCAAUGAUACCAAAGGCCUAUAGAUGGGUUGGUGAAAUGGAAGAGAUUGCUGGCUUCGUUGGCGAAGGCGAGGGCGACAUAUACCAUGGGUUAGCUCAACUCUAUCAGCGAGUCGAGAAGGCAGUCGAUGGUGGCUCAGAGGAUCUUCAAACUUUGAGUGAAGUGAUAGAAGACGCAAAACAGGUCCUAGAUGGUAAUUUGUGA